AUGUUUGGAUUGAGUUUGCUUCAGCUCCUGUUCCUUGAGAUGCUCAAUGUGAUAUUUACAGCAAGAGGUGGUUUCCAUACAUGCCGGUAUGGCUCAGCUAUUCCCUUAGCUGCUACCAAUCAAGUCCUUCAACAUGGCCGUUACAUCCUGUCUCCAAUAACACCAGGAGAACAGAUCCAUAUCAAUGAUGAACACUUUUAUCCCCGCACCCUAUCGUUGUCAAGUACAAAUAGAGAAACUGCGUUCCGUGAUCAAGUCAGACAACGUGACAGACGAUGUGUCAUUACUGGCGAUGAGAACUAUGAAGCUGUUGAUAAUAGAUGGGCUGGCUUCGAGGUUGCUCAUAUCUUUCCGCUUGCACUUGACCAAAUUUUCGUUGAUCACGGAUAUGCGCACUUCAUGACACAUAACCACCCACCAGGUGUCAAUUCUCCUCAAAACGGUCUUCUACUUCGCUCAGACAUUCAUAAGUUAUGGGAUGACUAUUCCAUUGCGGUCAAUCCAAAUGAUGGCUAUAGGGUCCAAAGUUUUCGACCAAACGCAUGGAAAUACCAUAAUAAUGUCCUGCAUCCUACCUGUCGGCAGCCUGGCCAUCCGCAAAGGGUCAUUGAUGCCCUUUUGCGUUGGCAUUUUGAACAGGCAGUUCUAUGCAAUAUGCGUGGUGCUGGUGAAGCCUCAUUUGAAUUCGAUUUCCCGCCUGGAACGGACAUGAUGGGCGAAAUUCGUCAAGGGCCCCAAGCAGCACAAAGAAUGGAAGCCGAAUUGUUCUCCCGCCUGUAUGGUUGGUACGACGCAGAAUCCCCAGGACCUGAGGAGAAGUCACAUUCACACACCCCGGGGUUUCAGUAA